AUGGGUGCAACAAGGACAGCCCCCAAUGAGCCGAGAACCGCGGGCAACGCCAGGGGGGACCCAACCGAGGAGCCCCGAGCCGGGCAGCUGGACGGGACGGCGGCAGCAUCCGAGGCUGCCUGCGCCGCGCGCCUCCUCGGGCGCUUUAAGGCGCGCCGCCGGGCCUUUGUUAUCCUCCCUCCCCGCGCCCAUGCUGGCGGCUCCUCCGCGCCUCCCAUUGGCCGCCCGGCCCUCCAGCUGGCCGCGGCGCCCCCGGCUCCCUCCUCCCCCAAGGGGAGGCCCCCAACCGGCCCCCGCCGCCUCUGGUUGGCCUCUGGCAGAAAGGGGCUGCGGCCGGCGGCAGCCAACCGACGGAGUGUUGCUAGGCGCCGGGGCGCGCCGAUUGGCUCCCAUCGGUGGCCAUCAGAGGCGAGGGGGCGGGGCGGGGCGCUUUAUAAGGGGGCGGGGGGGGGAGCGGGGUGCCUUCGGUGCGGGGAGGGAGCCGCGGAGCUGGAGGCGGCGGAGGCGGCGGCUGGCGCGUUCCCGGGGGCCCGGCUCCUUCAGCGCGCCGCUGGCGGUGGGGGCUCCGGCGCUGGGCAGGUGCAGGUCCGUUCAGGCCAGCCAGCUUCUGUGCCCGGUUCUCUGACCCUGAAGCUAUUGCCAGCGUGUGGAGCCUGCCCCACACCCGCCCCCUGCCAAAUCACGGCCUUUACCUGCGUCUUCCAGUGUUUCCCUUGCGACCCAUCCUGCGGGAGCGCCUCGUGGGCCACCCCCGAGUUCACGCAGCAUUCGGUGGCUCCAAUGGUGAAGAUGACGAGGUCCAAGACGUUUCAGGCGUACUUGCCUUCAUGCCACAGGACCUACAGCUGCAUCCACUGCAGAGCCCAUCUGGCAAACCACGAUGAACUCAUUUCCAAGUCUUUCCAAGGAAGCCAAGGGCGGGCGUACCUCUUCAAUUCAGUAGUUAAUGUGGGUUGUGGCCCUGCGGAGGAACGGGUUCUGCUAACGGGUCUACACGCGGUUGCUGACAUUUACUGUGAAAACUGCAAAACCACGCUGGGCUGGAAAUACGAACAUGCAUUUGAAAGCAGUCAAAAGUAUAAAGAAGGCAAAUACAUCAUUGAAUUAGCUCACAUGAUCAAGGAUAACGGCUGGGAUUGAACCAAGAGAAGAAGCAUGCCCGUAACUCGAGAGAGAAUGCCAUCCAACCGAACAUUUAUCUCCAAGACUGAGAAGAGAGACUGUGUGAAAAAAACGCUUGGUUCCAUGCAUUUGGGACGGCUUGGCGGCUGCCUCAAGAAGCACCCUUGCACCCUGUCUCCAUCCUUAUUGGUGGCUGGCCUCGAAACUUCUGUCUCUUUGCUUUGUAUCUGUUUGUGAGUUGAACUUCUGAUUCCCUUCCUCUUCCUUUAUUUUCCUGUUCUAGCUUUGGUGUAUUGUUUUUAUUUUUCCUUUUUUUUUAAAGGAACAAACCCAGUGCCCGUAACCAUUUCAUGACUGAAGUCUCGGCACAAACUUAAGGUGGGCUUGGGGCAUGUGUGUGUGGGGGGGAACAUUUUUAUCCAAGGGCCCCAUCCUAUGGGUAGGAGAGAAGGCGAGAUGGUGGUGUGCAGGGGCCCGUGUUCCCCUUUCGGUUUUUAGUUUAAAUCUUGGUCGACCAUGACUUGAAAUUUGUGGACUGUCAAAAUAUACCUCAUGGCUAUAUUCUCUCUGCAUGUCAAAACUGCUGCUUCAAAAUUAAGCCAGCAGAGCACUCCAUGUAUAGCCCCAAAUUUCCCUGCUAGGCUCGUCCGUAGCUUGGGGCUCUUCCUGAGGUCGGUCAGUUCGGGAUUUUUUUUGUUUGUACUAACCGUCUUGAGAGGAUUUGAGGAUAUCGCAGCUCGGCUGUUUUGUUUCCUGGUUUCCAAGUGUACGAGACUGUUGGGAUGAUCGUCUUGCAAAUCCAAACUUCUG